UUAAUUAAACUGGGUGGACCGCAUGGCCCUUUGUAGUAGGGUAGUCAGCAGAAGCUUAUACUCUCCUGUAUGCAGCUACCUAUGCACUGAGGCGAUGUCCAAGGAAGACUUGGAUGCAUUCUUUGCUCCUCCAUGUACUGUGUGUGGGUCGACCUCUCUAGACCGCGGCUUGUUUGCGAGGGAGGUUGAGCUACCAGCUGUCAAGCUGAACACCCCUUCACUGGUCUCCAAGUUCCUCUCACACCUCUCUCACGUGAUCCUGAAGUACCCUCUCCUCAAGAGAGUCGUUAGCAUAACCGAUGAAGAAGGAAAGGAAUCCAAAGCUCUCCUCCUACUUCCUGAGAGCCUGAGACCACACACCCUCUCUCCGACUGACCACGACUGGAUCACCACCAAUGGCGGCGAGGAAACCACCCACACUGUACACCUCACCUAUCCUGACUCCUACUCCCACUCGGCCAUCUUGAGGGCGUUACUGCCUGAGAGUGUGAAGGAAGUGCCGACUGGAUUUGAGGCCAUUGGUCACAUCGCUCAUUACAAUCUGAGGGAGAAUGCAAUGCCCUUCAAGAGCAUUAUAGGGCAAGUUACACUAGACAAGCAUCAAUUGAUCAAAACGGUUGUGAAUAAGACAGAUCAAAUUGACAAUACGUUUCGUUUCUUCAAAAUGGAAGUGUUGGCAGGUGAAGACAAUCUUGUUGCUACCAUUAAUGAGAACGGGUGCUCUUUCACAUUUGAUUUCUCUAAGGUAUAUUGGAACUCCCGGUUACACAGUGAGCACAAUCGGCUGGUGGGAUUCUUGAAACGAGGAGAAAGUGUGCUCGAUGUCUUUGCAGGUGUGGGUCCAUUUUCAAUUCCCGCAGCAAAGAAGGGGUGUGUCAUCUACGCUAACGAUCUCAAUCCACACUCGUAUGACUAUUUAUGUGAGAACGCAAAAAGAAACAAAGUUCACAAACAAAUCUCUACUUAUAAUUUGGAUGGUAGGGAGUUUAUUCGAAAAGUAACUGAACUAUUUUUGGACCAGAUUAUCGAUGGGCAAAGUGCCAUGUAUUCUCAUGUUAUAAUGAACCUUCCUGCGAUAGCAUACACAUUUUUGGAUACCUUUAGAGGAUUGUUCUCUCGUGUACCACACUCUAGAAGGAGGGAGCUCGUUAUGCCGACGAUACACUGCUAUGGGUUCUCCAAGUGCCCCAAUUCCCCCGAGCAAGACUCCCUAAAUACCGUCGUCAAGAGCCUGAGGGUGAAGGAGUUAAUUAAAGGGACUUACUCGCUGUACCUCGUGAGGAAAGUGGCCCCAAACAAAACGAUGACUCGAGUUAGUUUCCAGCUCCCAGAGGAAGUAGCAUACGCACAAGGUGUGGGUGCGAUUGAAAGUGAACUUGGGCAACCAUCACCGAAAAGAACAAGAAUAGACAAUUAUUAGAUCAAUAGAAUUGUAAGAGUUAUCCAUGACUAGAGUGUUUUGUGUACAAACUUGUGCCCUGUGUUCACAUUGUGCCCAAUAGAUUGAUAUCCUGUUAAUUAAAGACAAUGAGUUGUCGGUGUGCCUAUUGAUGAGA